AUCUGCUGAGAGAGACCACAAGCGAUAUUGUUUUUCAUUUCCUAAUUUAAGUAUAUGUCCUCUGAAAAAAAAAUUCCUUAGUUUUGGAUAAAGUGUAAAAGGGUUAUUAUCUCUCUCAGGUUUUUACUGCUAUCUGGGACUCCAUUAAAGAGAUUUAGGCUCCUUUCACACUAGGCGCCAGCUCCCACUAGCUCAGCGGGAGAUCUAUCGCAGAUCUCCGCUCACGGGACCAUCUCGGUCCCCAUCGAGACGAAACGUUGGGAGGCGACGUUCUGGCGUCACCGCGUUAAGUAUUUACACCCGGAAGAUACGGGCGUUUGUUCGCGGAGCCGGCCGGCUCGCCUUUUUUACAUGCUGUAAUACGUCUACUUUGAUGUAAGUGCACAUCUUUUUAUCUUAUUAAAAAACCUAAAGGAUCUUAUGCUAUGGGAGUUCUCCUUUCUUUUUAAACAUAUGUACCGGUAUACUGCUUGAGGCCAUCCAUCGCUGUGACCGUCCCAGCUUGGUGAUAUGCUGUGAGGAUACCAUUAUCAUAUGCUGUCUAUGAUCUCCUGUAAUAAGAGAUCGUAGAGUUCCGAUUAUACAAAAAAAGAGACAAACUGCUUGUCCCAAAAGAACCUGCAGAAGGGACUCCCAACCUUAUAAGCGCGUUUAGCUGCCCAAGAGAAGGAACCGCAUCCGGGAGAGGCUGAACCCGGACGGAAGCUACCGAAUGCAGAAGAUACCUGCACAUGAGUACAAGUUGGAAGGAGAGCAUCCCAUUGGCUGAGAGGUUAAUCAUCAAUACAUAUUCCUGGUUACUUGAGUUCAUUUCUACACUGCCCAUUAUACUGCAAUGGGUAUAUAAGUGGUGACCACUUUUCUACCUUUCAGCAUUUCUCUUUGCUCACUAGUGUGGUCCAUCCUGAGGCUCCAUCAUCUUAAAAAAUGCUGACAAUAUCAUUAAUAUGGGGAUCGGUUGUGGCUCUAUGCUGUUUUUUCUGGCUUAUUUUUGGCAUUAGAAGACGGCAGCCAGGUGAACCACCUUUAGAAAAUGGGCUCAUUCCCUAUAUGGGAUGUGCCUUGCAGUUUGGGGCCAACCCUCUCGAGUUUCUCAGGUCGAGGCAAAAGAAAUUUGGGGACAUCUUCACCUGCAAGAUUGCUGGACAAUACUUUCAUUUCAUCACUAACCCUUUUGCAUUUAAUUCAGUGAUGCGACAUGGGCGAUACUUUGACUGGAUGAAAUUCCACUUCUCAACAUCGUCCAAGGCUUUUGGGCACAGCAGCUUCCACCCUGUGGAUGGCAACACAACCGAAAACGUGCAUGAAACAUUCAUAAAAUCCUUGCAGGGCGAUGCCCUGGAUUCUCUGAUUUCUAAUAUGAUGGAGAACCUUCAACACACCCUAUUUCAUCUCAGUUUAUCUAAAGAAAACAAAAAUGACUGGAUAAAUGGUGGUCUCUAUGCCUUCUGUUACCGUGUGAUGUUUGAAUCCGGAUACUUGACUAUGUUUGGCAAAGAGCUGAAGGCAAAGGACGAGAAGAACCUAGCUAGAAAAGAAGCAGAAAGAGCUUUCUUUCUUAAUGCUCUUGAAAACUUUAAAGAGUUUGACAAAAUUUUUCCUGCUCUUGUAGCAGGCCUGCCAAUUCACGUCUUUAAAACAGGACACAGUGCCAGAGAGAGUCUGGCCAAAGAUCUCCUUCCGGAGAAAGUCAAGCAAAGAAUCAAUAUUUCCAGCCUCAUCUACAACAGGAUGUUCAUGAAUGAAGCUACUGCCAUGAAUGACUCAGAAAAAGCAAGGACCCAUGUGGCACUCCUCUGGGCUUCCCUAGCUAAUACACUCCCAGCAACAUUUUGGACUGUCUACAACAUCCUCAGGUGCCCAAAUGCAAUGAAGGUGGCAACUGAAGAAAUCAAACAUGUCUUGGAAAAAGCUAAUCAGAAAGUUUCAUUGAGUGAAGGUUUAAUUCUCCUAAAUCGGCAACAGCUGGAGGAUAUGCCUGUCUUAGAUAGCAUUAUUAAAGAAUCGAUGAGGUUAUCAAGUGCAUCAAUGAACAUCAGAGUUGCCCAAGAGAACUUUGUUUUACAACUAGAUGAUAUGGGGGCAUACAAAAUCCGCAAAGAUGACAUCGUAGCAUUUUACCCACAGACAAUACAUCUGGACCCUGAGAUUUAUGAAGAUCCCCAGUCAUUCAAAUAUGAUCGUUAUCUGGAUGAAAAUGGGAAAGAAAACACAGACUUUAAGAAAAAUGGAAAGAAACUGAAGUUUUACUACAUGCCAUUCGGAUCAGGGAAAACCAAGUGCCCCGGCCGUCAAUUUGCAGUCCAUGAGAUCAAGCAGUUUGUGACCUUGCUGAUUUCUUACUUCGAUAUGGAUCUUGUGGAGAAAAAUUCCAAAACCCCACCACUGGAUGAAUCCCGAGCAGGCCUGGGAAUUCUGCAGCCAACUUACGAUGUAGAUUUCAAAUACCGAUUAAAAGUCUUCUAAGCAUAACUACCUGACAUAUACAGUAACAGCUUUGUAAAUUUUGUAAUUAGUUCUGAAAAUUGGUUCUUGCUCUCAAUACAAAAGUUUUUCUGUAGCCCAUUUAUAGUGUUUUAACUAUAAAUCAUAUUGUAAAUAUUGGUGAUUUUCUUUGUAAGCAUUUACGUUUUAAACCAAGGACAUGUUCUAGAUGGACUCAACUAGAAAAUGUAUUGAACUGUAUAUUGCUAUGUACUGUCUGUACAAAAAACUGCCAAAGAUUAAUAUAUGUGAGUGAAACAUUAUAGAGCAUUUAUGUUCUGCUCUCUUACCCCACUGUAGGAUUACUUAACUUCGAUCUAUCGUUGUCUAUUUAAAUGUAUGUGUAAAUAAAUAUUUUUUAUUUAAAAAAAAAAAA